GUCAGACAUGUGGGUACGUUCGAUAUCUGCAGCUUCUUCAUUUCCCAGCACGUACGCACGAGUAAGGAAUAAAACCGGCGAAAUGGCUUCCCUCAGAGUUGGAAAAUCAGCAGUUUUGUUGGCAAGAAGAUGCUUUCUCAGGCCAAAUAUCAGAACAAUGGCAGCCGGAGGUGGAAUUCCUGAACACUCAGAGCACGUAACAGGUCUUGAAAAGAAAGAACUAGAAAUGAUAAAAGCUGGCAAUCCCGAUCCCUUUGAGCUUCAAGUGAAGCGGGUACCAGCCGGCACGAGGGACAAGCCCGUCAAAGUAACGUCCGUCUUUGAGAAGCGAAUCGUCGGAUGCAUCUGUGAAGAAGAGCAAACCUUCAUCAACUGGAUGUGGCUACAUUCCGGCGAGCCCCAGCGAUGCGACUGCGGACACUAUUUCCAGCUAGAGAAGACAGAGGCUAUAUAAUCUGCCAAAUAGCCCCCUCCCUCUCGCCUUUCCCUGGUUGUUAUUUUGUAAAGAGAUGUAGAGUGUGCAUGAGUGGGGUUGAGACGUGAUGAUUUAAUACAAUAGUUGUUGGCUUUUGAUAGGAUUGGUUAGCUCUCGAGGGUGCCAUGCUUGAAAUGAACUCAACCCACUGAUGUUAACUCCUCCUUAGAAGUUUACCUGCAAGAAGUUAGCCUUGUAAGAAGCCAGGUUUACCAACAUUCACUUUGAUUCUUAAUACUUGUUUUCGUGCUCAUAAAACUGUAAUGGUGCAUAGUCCACAGAUACCCCUCAACGGUGCCAAAGAGAAAUGCGGAGGUCGAAAAGCUCUCCGAUGUGGUCAGAAAUAUCAAAUGCGUGAAUGCAAGCCACUGAACAAUGGCUGAUCUGCAUUCCAUAGACAUCCAGAUUUCUGCAGGCUGCAGCCACAUUGAAAUACAGCCUUGGACAGAAACUGGAAUGCCGUUACCGCUGCAUGCCUGGCAACCUGUGCAGACACUGAGUUUGUGCACAUUCUGACGAAAACUAGUGGCACGUACAUGUACUAGGCAUUUGAAGGCAGCAUGGCAUCUUCUGUCCUGGCAUUGAGUUUAUAAGGUUGGCAGCGAGUAUGUAAUCGGUUAAGCACCAUAUAUUUUUACUGAGCUUUUAAGUACAGAUGCUUUUUCUGUCAGUGGAUACUUUUCAUGUAUAGUACCCUCAAGAGAUGAUGAUGACGUAACAAAACAUCAGACAGACAGGACGUACCAGAAUUAUUCUUUUCCGAUCAGAAUUGGGCAGACUUGUUUGUAGGCCAAAAUGUAAGUGAUUUCAAUUUACAGGUAACAAGCAGACUCGUCAUGCUUGUGAGGCAAACAAAACCACUUGUUUCCAGCCCAAACAAGUACGACAUUGGGUUAAUUUAUUGGCAAGUGCUUUCAAUUCCCUGCAUGCAUGGGUUAAUUACACCGGUUGAAUGGAUGGUUACCCAAAUCAAUACAUGUAUGCCGUAUACAUUAUGUCACUGAGAUGACUACAUGACUGCGGAAAUAUCACCUACAUAUAUUCCUAGCAAACUUAGAGCAAUUAUUCCAAAUUACAGAUAUUAUAUACAUAGACAUCUGUUGAUCCAGUGUCGUCAUUUGAUAUUUGUUGAGAAAUUUUCACUCCAUCGGAUUAAGUUUACAGCAUGAAAUGUGUAGUUGGUGUUUACUUAAUAUUGAAUGGUUGUUCCUUUUGGAUCAUUUAACAUAAAAAUGUUUGGUCGAUACCACAUAGCAGUGCAAAUGUGUGUGCAGCCGUCAUUGUGAUUUUAUGGUGUGGAAUUCUUAAGUUACAAUAAAAAGUAUUGAAUAAUAUCCAAA